CCCUGGGCGGGUGAAGCCAGACCUGCAGGCGGGCGGCUAGGAGCUGCCCAGAUACUGGCCUGUGGGAGGAGGCGGGACCACUGGGGGCCUGGGAGCUGCCGGCCUGAGGCGCCAUAGGGUGGCUCCCGAGGUGAGUGGAGCCUCCGCGUCCCGUGGGCGCGGGGAGGGCCCUGCAGCUCUUCCUCUGGGCUGCGUGACUUGCACUAGGUGAAGGCUUAACUGCCUCUGGUUAAAUCUGUAUGAAGAUAAAACACUGUUCCCAUGGAGCCUCACAAGGGGCGGAGGCAGUGGCGAGGGCCCCGUGGAGGCUUUGGGACGCUGCUGGCCUCCUGCAGGCACCAGGCUCCCCCGGGGACACCGCCCGGGCUCCGGGCUCCAGGCCUCACUCCGCGGCCAGUACAGCCCCUCCCAAGCGUGCCUCACCGGACAGUGCCCCCGGGGCCUAUGUUUCCUCCUGGGCAUGCCGUCCCCCGUCCCUCUGCUUCCUGGGGUGAGGCCCCCCGUGCCCCCCGGGGCUCCCGCAGCCGUCACUUGGGGGACCCGCACCCCAGCCGCUCGCUGUCACAUCCACUGGCCGAGCCGCCUGCUGUGCCUGGACAUCACACCCCAUGCCCUGCAUGGAGCCCGGCCUGUCGUCCUCAGGACCCUCUGGACGCAGAGACCCCGGGGGUCUCCGUGGAGGCUGUAGAAGUGGCCCAGCUGCACGGUGUCCCCUGCUAUGUUCUCAACCCCCAUACGGUCCCCUUGGGUCCACGGCCAUCUGCUGUGAUGGCUGUGGUGGCAGCAGCAUCAGUGAGCGAUGAGGGACCUCAGCUGGCUUCGCGCGGGGACUGGCGCACUCACUUCUUCUCCAGGCUGGUGGUGCAUCUGGUCCUGGAGGUCUGUGCGCAGGCGCUCCCGGGCAGUGCUGUCUGCAUGGGAAACCGCUGUCCCAGGCCCAGGGCCACCGUGCAGCCUGCACUGCGUGUGUGACCUGCGCCCCGGCUGGGCGCCAAGGCCUUGCCUGGCCUGGGGGUGCCCCCAGGAGUCUCAU